UACUUGUUAGUCUAUCAGACGCCGCGGUGGAGUUACAGCGCGCGCUGACUUUUGUUUAAAUAACGCUCUACAUUCGCCAAAUUAUUUAAAUUCUAUUUCGUUAAAUUAAUUCUCUCUUCACAAUAUUUUUAUGUUGUGUAAUUAUUUAAUGAUUUUUUAAUACGCCUUAGUAACUACGAUGGCCUGGCAAUUAUAUUUAUUUACGUUUGGAUUAAUUUUACAAGUCACUUUUGUGUCUCCAAUUGCUGAAAUUGUUGCGGAUGACGAAGUACUUCAUCUCAUUGGUGAGCCAGAUUUUCGUGAUGUUCGGUUGCGGUGGGAAUAUGGGGAUGCUGAGGAAGACCCAAAAAAAUUGUUGGCGUUUCAGGUCCACUACUGUGAACUACAAGCUUGGGGACAAUAUCGUUGUAGAACUAAGGUAGUCGAAACUUUUGAAGAAGAUAAAAAAUCAAGAGUGAUUGAACCCACAACAACGCUUAAACCAAAUGUGACGGGGCGUCGUGGACGAGUUUAUACAACUUUUAUCACCGGUCUUCGGAUGGCCACUACUUACUCCUUCGAAGUACGUCCUGUAAGAAGAGACGCAAGAGAAUUAGCCGAUCCACAAUCCAUUGGUUCCAAGAUUAUAAUUGUACCUACGAAAGGAUUUUCAGCUCGAGCGACUCAAUGUUUACCUCAUGCAAGUGAGGUGGAAGUAUCCACUGGCCCAUAUUUUGGGGGGCGAAUAGCGGUAGAAGCAGCGGACGGCGGUCCCGAGAGGUGCUCCAUACAAGGCAACCCGAACAGCGCGCAAGACGCAUACAUACUCCGGAUACAUCACGACGAAUGCGGCUCAGAAGUCAAUGAAACCACUGUCGCCACAUAUGUGAUUGUGCAGGAGAAUUUACCAAUUUUAACGCACAGUACCAGAAGAUUUCUAGUUCUAUGUACUUACAAACCGGAAACAUUAACUGUUAGAGCUGGAAUCAAUUUACCAAAAUCGAGUCCGGGCGAUGUCCUGCUGGAAACCAGACCACGCGGUUCCGUUGAACCUUACAAUGAUAUGGAUGACAAUAACUUACAACCAGCACGACUUGAGGCACGCAAGGAAGAAUCACCGCAAAGUAUGUUUGGUGAAGUAACACUGGUAAUGUUCCUGGUAGUCACUGCUUUUGCCGGAAUUGGCCUUCUUGUCUGGAAAAUGGUCCCUCACGGUGACAGGGACAACAUAUCGAUUGGAACAGUGUCAUCUCUUUCUCGCAGCAGUAUUUUCGGUAGGCGUAACAGAGACAUGUUCUCGGAUCGAAGCUCCGUUUAUUCAAUAACUUUGUCUGAAAAAGACGAGGACACUACUAAAAAACGCAAUGAUAGUGACAAUACAUCAGAAGCAUAGUGAGGUUAUGUUAAUUAAGUGUUAUGUAUUUUUUUUAUCUUCUACAUGGAUAAUCCCAAAGUAUUAUAAUAUGUUAUUGUGAUCUAUUUAAUAAUAUUUUAUAUCCCAUGAUUAUGAUGACUGCUUAAAUUAAAAAAUGUAAAUAUUAGUUCAUGUAAGUUAUUAAUUUAUAUCAGUAUGGUGUUAUGUUGAACAUCUUUAUUCGCCAAUUGAGUCAAUACAAGAAGAAAUAGUUUAAAAAAUGUCUUUUUUUGAUUUCCAGAAAGUUGAGAAUUUGUGAUACAUCUUUGUGAUAUUAUUAAGAUAUUUUUGUACUGUCGUUUGUUAGGCCUGGUAUAGCUUCCAUCAUAAUAUCAUAUGGUGUGAUGUUGAAACGUAUUAAAAUAAAAUACACAUGCAUUUUAAAUAAGCAUUAAAAAAAGAAGUCUGCUAUUUCCAAACACUUAGAUUUUUAUUAAAAAGGUUGAUUCUGAAACGAAAUUUCUCGAAAUCAAAAAGAAAGAAUCAGACGACCAUUUGAAAUUACAGAUGGUGGGUACUAAAUUAAAAAUAAUUUAUAAAACACAGAUACGCAUUUAA